UUUAAAGGUGAAUGGUACUUCAUUCAAUCUGAUAGGGCUCGCCGUCGUGGACCACUCAAUAGUGCAAAGACAAUUCAGAAUUUUUUAAGUUCAAGAUAACAAUGAAUAAACAGGUAAGAAGACACGAUUCUUCAAAGAAAACGAAAUGUUUGUGUCUGACAAACAGCUUAUCCAAUAUAAUUGGUCGACUUGGUGUAGUAAUUAGUCGAUAUCCCAUCUAUUUUGUUAUUAUUCCUGUCAUUCUCUCCGGUUUAUUAUCAAACGGACUUAUCAGGCUUCAAACCAAUGAAGACAUCGAUUUUCUCUUAACUGCAGACAGUGGUAAAUAUUUUGAAGCCAAACAGUUUAUAGAUAAGACAUUUGAUACCAAUUCGGGUAGUUUCGAUUUUUUACGACUUACUAAACGACCGCUUUUUCCAAUGAUUUACAUAGUAAAUGACAGAGAAAGCAACAUUUUACACAAAAAGUUCUUAAACGAAAUACAAAUUGUAGAUAAGGUUGUAAAAAAUACCACAGCUUCUGUAGAUGGAAUAAAUAUUGCUUACUCGGACGUGUGCUACAUUGAAGAUGGCAAGUGUUUAGAAAAUACUCUUAUUGAUCUGCUAAACGACUCCGAAAAUGCUAUUCAUGAAAUAUUAAAAAUGAAGUAUCCUGUUACUAUGGAUCCUCUAACAUACGCGUACAAAAUCCUCUGUCUGAAUUUAGGAGGGGUGACGACAGAGACAAAGGAUACAUAA